AUGGGCUGUUUUGGUAGAGGCCGCAAUGACGGCCGCUCCGAGCUCGAGGAGCAGAAGUGGGACUACAUUACUCUGACCGACUUCAGAACAUCAUCCACCAAGGCAAAGCUCUCCUACGUCUGGCUUUGGUGUCUGAGCGCCAUAGCCAUCGCUGUCUAUGUCGCCGACACCUUCACUGCCGUUAACCUUCUCGCCUUCAACAAGUGGUCCAGUCAAGUGGACCCUGCCAUCAAAGUCAGCAUCUCCAAAUGGAUCUUCACCGGCUGUAUCAUGUUUUCCUGGGUUCUCUGCAUCUUCGAAUGGGUCCGCGCCAUGCGCGUCAUCCGCGGUGGUAACGUGGCGGACAGCUAUCUUGACCCGCUCGCAGCUACCCUUCAGAGCUCUCGCAUCUACAGCGGUGGCCAUGGUUGGAGAAGAUUCCUGGUCUUCGCGGAACUGACGAAAAGUAAAAAAGGUUCUGACUACCUUGCGCUUUUCGUCUACUUCCAGUUCAAAGGAGCCGUUCGUGUUAUUCUCGCCGAAGGACCUCGUCAAGUCGUCAAUGCGAUGACCCUUUGGGCCGUCAUGAAAGCCAAUAUUCUUCUGGAAGGCAAACAUGCUGCGACCGGCAGCACCAGCGCGAUCGACCAGUUCUGGAACAACGUUGAAGCACUUGCCGAGCAGGACAAGCAACAGGCUGUCAUCCUGGGUUCCAUGGCGUUCACCCUCGUCAUUUGGGUUUUUUCGGCGCUCUCUCUAUUCCUCGCGGCCGUUACUUAUGUGGUAUUUCUCUGGCAUUACGUUCCUAGCAAGGAUGGAUCCCUUUCCAACUACUGCAGGCGCAAAGUUGACAAGAGGCUGGAACGUAUCGUCAGCGCUAAGACAAAGGCGGCCAUUGAGCAUGAAAUCGAAAAGAGGAGAAAGGAGGAGGAAAUGGCAAUCAAGAGCGAGGAGCGCGCAAAUCGGGCCCAGCAAAAUCGCCAGCAGAGAGGCAAACUGCAGCCCGCUGCUGGCCGCCAACAACAACCUCCCAAUGCCCCGCGCCACGUUGUUCCGAGAAAGCCCACACUCCCCGUUCUUUCGACUCCCGUCAACGAGAAGGCCGAAUUCGAGUUCAAGCGGAGCGAUACCGGGUCUACGAUGGCGACGAUGACGACGCUGCCGCCUUACUCUUCCCAACCUCCCACCCGAUCGAACACCCCUGGCAGCGCUACGACCAUGCACCGCCCGCCCCCAAUGCCCAGACAGCCGACUCUUCCCUCUCUUGGCGAAGAUAUGCAGCGCCCCGGCAUGCCCCCCAGGUCCGACACCGAGGCUUCCGGCUGGUCUGCGGCAAGCUACCAGUCUGACGCGCCAUUGCUCGGCAGCGCGGCCAACAUGUCCUAUGACAUGCCUGGUCGUACUCAGUCGCCUGCGGUUAGACCCCCG